AUGAAAAUGUACAUAGGUUCCUUUUCCUAUGCCGUAUUUAUUCUGCUGGUUAAAGCAACCGAAGCUCAGAUUGCUCCCUCAGUCGUAGGCCAGUAUUAUACGAACUCUUCAACCAUCAUCACUACUUCAUCUCCAUUACCAACAGAGUUGACUACAAUUUCGUCCAUAGUCUCAUCAACUUUAUUACCAAGUAUUGUUUCUUCUUCUUCUUCUUCUUCUUCUUCUUCUUCUGUUGAUUUUAUUACCACCAGUACAUUCAGUGUUCAAGAACAUAUUACUACUACUUUGUCUUCAGACUAUAUUACAUCUAGCUUAUAUUUUAGUUCAUUGACAACGCCAGUCAACACAACCUCCUCCAUAUCUUCUACUAUACUUUCAAAUCCGUCGGAAGUGUUCUCUACCUCUAGUUCUAAAAUUGAAGUAGUUUUAUCGUCAGAUAUUGCAACAGUGAUUCCUACUACCAUUCCUUCCACCAUUCCUUCCCAAAAUACUACUACUAGUCUAACAACAGACUUAACUUUUAAUACAACUGUAGCUCCAACUUUCGUUUCAACUACUAAUCUACCUUUGGCUACUUCCAAUACUACUAUUCCAAUCCUCACCACAUCUUCAGACACUACCUCUGCAACUUUAACUACUAUUAUACCAUUUAAUACUACUAGUAUUUCAAACACUACUACAUCUUUUAAUGCAACUACUCUGGUUGAGACAACUCCUAUUACUACUUUACUUCUUCCUAGCAGUACUUCAGUUUUAACCUCUUUAUCUUCGAUAUCCACUUUUUCUUCUAGUGUUUUCGAUAAUUUUACAACAUUGGUUGUUUCUUCUUCGACUGUAUCCUAUCCUUCUGUAAUCAAUAGUACUACCGCUCCGAUCUUAGCGUCGUCGACAUAUUUUAAUAAAACUACAGGUACUAUCGACUACAGUUCAACAUCUAUUCUGAACGCAACAUCAUUGAGUACGUCGUCUACUACUAAUAUAGCAUCCUAUUUACCUCCCUUGACUUCGAUUAUCGCAUCUACUGAGCCUAGUACUUAUACUACACCAAUUCUAAGUGUCAAUUCAAGCACAACGGGAAUAAUUGCUAGCUCAUCUCAGCUAACUAAUUUUUACAACAGUUCAUCAUACAAUAUUAUUACGAGUCCAAUUUCCUCAACUACUUCAUUUACAUCAACAAAAUCAAUUUCGGGAUCAGUCUCUAAAUCAAGCGUUUUUAUUUCAAAAAUACUUAUUACUGCUUUUCCAUCAGUUAUUGUAUCAAGUGUUAACAGCUCUCAUGUUCUAUCAUCGACUACUACUUUAUACAUCCCAACAUUGAAAAUAUCCUCCUUCCCUAGCACUGUAGUUGUGACGACUCAUCCCUCAAGAUCCACUACUGUUGAAUAUGUGACAUCAACGGAUGAGAAUAUCGAUUCCUUUGAAACCUCUACAGAGGAGCUUCCAAAAAUUGGGGAAGCUGUCAUUGACCUUGGCGUCGAUAUAUUGGACCUCGGAGACGAUUUAUUAACUGAAGCUUUGGAUAUUCUGGAUCCUGAAGAAAAUAAAGAAAAUUAUAACAAUGAUAAUGAUAAUGACUAUGACAAUGAUAAUGAUAACGACUAUUACAAUGAGAAUUAUGACGACAAUGGCUAUUACAAUGAGAAUUAUGACGACAAUGGCUAUGAAAAUGAUAAUUAUGACGACAAUGGCUAUGAAAAUGAUAAUUAUGACGACAAUAGCUAUGACGGCGAUGGUUAUGACGACGACGAUUUAUGGCAUCAAAGGCGUCAUCAUGAACGUCCACGUCACCAUAGUUGGUGGAAAAGAGAUAUGAUUGAAAAUUCUAGAAUACCCGUAACUAAGAGGAACUUAUACGAGGCUGGUGUGGUAGAAAAUCGUGCAAGCACUAUUAGUGCCUCUUAUAUGCUGAUUUUCCUACUUGCCGUUUAUUUUCUUUUCUUAUAG